UAUUAUUUACUUCCGGUUUCUGCAUGCCUUCGGUGGUUAGCUUUAGCAUCGUGCGAGCUUGUUCAAGCAUUCAGUCACGCCAAGUGCUGCGUUCACUUUUGGGCAACAACAGUUACUGACGUGACUUAACUUGUUUUCGCGUAAACGCUAUUUAGUUUUUGCAGUGCUAAUGUUCCAGAAGUCAUGGAACCGGGUCCGUCCUCUCGCUCGCCUGCCCCUCGGGAUCAACCUCUGGAUCCGGCUGCAGGGAGCUCUUCUGGCGGAGGUGGAGAUGCGGACAUUGCUCGGGACAUGAAAACUCACUUUCGUUUGUGUCGCUUCAUAAUGGAAGCAGGAGUGAAGCUGGGCAUGCGCUCUGUGCCUGUUGCUACAGCGUGCGUGUUGUACCACAACUUUUUCGAAUGUGUCAGCGUAAGUGUGUAUGAACCCGACCUGGUGGCCAUGAGCUGCUUGUACCUGGCAGGCAAAGUGGAGGAGCAGCACAUACGGACCCGGGACAUCAUCAACGUAAGCCACAGGUACUUUAAUAGGCACAGCCCCCCAUUAGAAUGUGAUAAGGAAUUCUGGGACCUAAGGGACAGUGUGGUGCAAUGUGAGCUCCUCAUCCUCCGACAGCUCAAUUUCCAAGUCACCUUUGAACAUCCGCACAAGUACCUACUCCACUACGUGACGUCCGUAAAGUCGCUGGUGAACCGGCACGCUUGGUCUCGAUGCCCCGUUGCCGAGACUUGCUGGGCAUUGCUUCGAGACUGCUACCAUGGCUCGAUGUGCAUCCGGCACACGCCCCAACACAUCGCUAUAGCAACACUGUAUCUGGCUCUCAACACCUAUGGAGUGGAGCUGCCUGUUGGGGAGAAACGGUGGUGGCAGGUACUUUGUGAUGGUGUGACCAAAGCAGACAUAGAUGCUGUGAUUUCUGACCUUCUCCAACUCUACGACAUGGAGGCCAAGUGUAUCUGAGGACACUGCUGGCAAGACAGUGGAUAAUUUGCCACUGCGUCAUUUCUGUGGGGAACUGCGCAGCGCAUUCAUGCGUGUGGGGAAUUUGCGCACGAGACAGAGCUGAGGCAAAAACACAAACUGCACUACCGCGGCUUAACACCGCGGGGCGACAAAUCUUCAUUUCCUUCUUCCUGGUUGCAGAGGUCUGAAAUUUUGACGAUUCAUAUCGUGGCAGCAGACUGAAUCUUUUUACCUGAUUUUGACUGGUUCUUGUUGAUCUUUGUUGUUUGUAAUUGGUUUACAUUAUUUCUGUCAGUCAACAGAAGAAAAAAAAAACUGUUCUGGAGAGCAAUAUUUGGAUGCGGCAGCUCAGCUACUGUAAGUCUUAAAGGGAGUUCCCGUCCUGGAGGUCCUUCCAGAACAGUUUGUGAUCCAUUUGAUGCAUAUUGCAUGCAAUUGUUUUACUUUAAAUCAAUGUUUACAUUGUUCUUAUUGAAGAGCACAAAGCAAAUAUGCAAUAGAUCUCGAUCGGUUCACUAAACUCUUCCUUGUGGUCAUCGCUGGGACUAAGCAGUUCUUGUGUUCAAGUAGCACCAACUCAACUUUUGUUUCUUCUCAUUUGGCACAGUGUCUUUCUUUACUUAUUUCUUCCCUCAACUGUCUGUCACCAAAAAGGCAUACAGCUUUCUGUCCUGAAUUUCUGCUCCCACAAACGUGUUGGUCGGUCGGAGGCGGUCUGGUAUGCCUUCAGCACCUGCCCACGACGGCUUGAUUUUCAGCAAGACGUUGAGGAUCAAUUCCAGUGUUUCACAAGGGACAUGUUGCUGUGAGUCAAUGAUUAUGCAAGUCCCACACAUCCCCCACUUAGGAAUCCUUAAUUAGCACCAGAUCAUUAGCGCAUAUUAAGGAGAAGAGCACAUGGCUACCACAUCCGGCCUGUGCCUUUUCUUCUCUGGCAUGCUUGGCUGUCGUGAAUGAAAAUGAAGGGUCACUACCAUCCAGCUGGAUGUAACUAAAGCUACUGAAGUACUGACUAACUAACUUGGUGCCUUCAGGAUCCAACUACUGAGCUCGGUGCUCUUCAUUAUCUUAAGUGCUUGGUGGACAACCUUCUGCCAAGAAGUGUCCUCAAGGAGUCGGGUCCAAAUUGUUUUGCUUCCCUGCGGACGUCUUCAACCGUCUGUGUAGAGCAGUGAGGGCACUUGAGAACUUCCAUCUUGUGACAUUUUCCUACAGCUUUGUCUGUAAUACGUUUUGUGAUAUGAUGACUGUAUUCUGAGAAACCUCGGAUCACGACAUUACAUUUUUAGUCAGCGACUUUGCAUAAAAUGCAAAAUAUCUACCUAUCAGGUCUGUGUACAGUCUGAAUGUGAAAUUAAAUGAGCAAAAUCGCAAAAUCCCGAUACUUCUGAACAAAAAUAAUGCAACUUUUCAUGAACAAAUGAUAGAUAAAGACAAACAAUUAUGGAUUGAGAAAUAAUAGUAGCAAGUAGAAUACACAUCAAUGUAGCAGGGUUAAACAGCUGUUUCAUCUGAAAAUAAAUACUCAAGUAAAAACAGUUUGUUGCAUUAAGACUACUCUGCAAGUGCAAUUUAUCCAAAAAAUGAAGUAAAUGCAAUUUAGGACAGUGGCUGCUCCAUUGAUGGCAUGCAGUACACGCACACUUCUGUCAAAGAAGUGUGAGAAAUAAGUCAGUGUGUGGGUUAUUUCAGGACAUGUUGCUUUCACAUUAAGCAGAAUGCACAGAGGCUCAAAUAGAACUGAGCACUGAAAUCUGGCAAGGGCUGUCCUGAGCUUUCAUUUCAUCUUAGU